AUGACUUGAACCAUGGAACCGCUGGCAAGGAAGAUCUUUAAAGGAGUUUUAGCAGCUGAACUUGUGGGUGUUUUUGGAGCUUAUUUUUUGUUUGAAAAGAUGAACUCGAGCCAAGAUUUCAGGCAAACAAUGAGCAAGACAUUCCCCUUCAUCUUGGAAGUUUAUUACAAAUCCAUGGAACAGUCUGGAAUGUAUGGAGUGAGAGAGAAAGAUCAAGAAAAGUGGUUGGAUAGCAAGAAUUAAGGCCAGUCAUCACGCUCAGCUUCCCACUUGAGCUGUUUGAAGCCUUGGAGGGGAGAUGGAAGAUGAGUCCACGUCACUGCGGGCUCGACUCCCACAGUCCUCCCGAGUGGGACUGCAUCUUAGGGCGCAUGGCCUGUGCUCUCCCACCCCACCCUCCCCCGCUGUGGAAACCCGCUGUUGGGUGCUCUCCUGUGUUUUCUAACAUGAGUAUUUGACAAAUGAAACUAGUAACAUCAGAAAUUUAAAAAUGUCUUCAAGCAUAUAAGAGUAAACCUUUAGCCAAGUCAAAAUAAAAGACUGACUCUCCAAGAAAAAAAAAAAAAA